GCUGGACUGCGUUGAGGGGAGGUAGAGCCUGGAAUGCGGCCCGCCAGCGCCAGCCAGUGUCGAGCCCCGGAGGGCGUGGGGACCCAGGGGCGGUGAAAUAGCCGCUGUAGAUCCGCCUCUUUCAUUGAUGAAAUUUAAGUUCGUGUGAUUUUACCUUUCCUGGCAGUCUCCAGUUGGCCCUCGCUUGUGUCAGGAGCGCAGUGUAGCCCGGAGUUACAAACAGACAGUCGCACCAAGUUUCUGUCUUUGGAAGUGGAGGUUUUCUUCUUCUUUUUUUGAGGCAGUUUUAAUCGCUUUCAAUAAAUACCUAAGUAGCUAAACAUUUGAAGAGGAGAAAGAACACGUCGGUUGUUAAAGAAGGGGAGGAAAUCACUACCUGAUAAGCGUGACUUCUCUAGAAAUUAACAUAUAUAAAAACCAGAGUAUUUUAAUCAAUACCCAAAAUGUCGAGGUUUGUACAAGAUCUUAGCAAAGCAAUGUCUCAAGAUGGUGCUUCUCAGUUUCAAGAGGUCAUUCGACAAGAGCUAGAAUUGUCUGUGAAGAAGGAACUAGAAAAAAUACUCAUUACAGCACCAUCACAUGAGUUUGAACACACUAAAAAAGACCUUGAUGGAUUUCGCAAGCUAUUUCAUAGAUUUUUGCAAGAAAAGGGACCUUCUGUGGAUUGGGGAAAAAUCCAGAGACCUCCAGAAGAUUCGAUUCAACCCUAUGAAAAGAUAAAGGCCAGGGGCUUACCUGAUAAUAUAUCUUCGGUGCUGAACAAAUUAGUGGUGGUAAAACUCAAUGGCGGUUUGGGAACCAGCAUGGGCUGCAAAGGCCCGAAAAGUCUAAUUGGCGUGAGGAAUGAGAAUACAUUUUUGGACCUGACCGUUCAGCAAAUUGAACAUUUGAACAAAACCUACAAUACAGAUGUUCCUCUUGUUCUGAUGAACUCUUUUAACACAGAUGAAGAUACAAAAAAAAUACUACAGAAGUAUAGUCAUUGUCGUGUGAAAAUCUACACUUUCAAUCAAAGCAGGUACCCAAGGAUUAAUAAAGAAUCUUUACUGCCCGUGGCGAAGGAUGUGUCAUACUCAGGGGAAAAUACGGAAGCUUGGUACCCUCCAGGUCAUGGAGAUAUAUACGCCAGUUUCUACAACUCUGGUUUGCUCGAUAUCUUCAUAGGAGAAGGCAAAGAGUAUAUUUUUGUGUCUAACAUAGAUAAUCUGGGUGCCACAGUGGAUCUUUAUAUUCUUAAUCAUCUAAUGAAUCCACCUAAUGGAAAACGCUGCGAAUUUGUUAUGGAAGUCACAAAUAAGACACGUGCAGAUGUAAAGGGUGGGACACUCACUCAGUAUGAAGGAAAAUUGAGACUGGUGGAAAUCGCUCAAGUGCCAAAAGCACAUGUUGAUGAGUUCAAGUCUGUCUCAAAAUUCAAAAUAUUUAACACAAACAACCUCUGGAUCUCUCUUGCAGCAGUUAAAAGGCUGCAGGAGCAGAAUGCCAUUGACAUGGAAAUCAUUGUGAAUCCAAAGACUCUGGAUGGAGGCCUGAAUGUCAUCCAGCUAGAGACUGCGGUAGGGGCUGCCAUUAAAAGUUUUGAGAACUCUCUAGGUAUCAAUGUUCCUAGAAGCCGUUUUCUGCCUGUCAAAACCACGUCAGAUCUCUUGCUUGUGAUGUCAAACCUCUAUAGCCUUAAUGCAGGAUCUUUGACAAUGAGUGAAAAGCGGGAAUUUCCUACAGUGCCCUUGGUUAAAUUAGGCAGUUCUUUUACAAAGGUUCAGGAUUAUCUAAGGAGAUUCGAAAGUAUACCAGAUAUGCUUGAAUUAGAUCAUCUCACAGUUUCAGGAGAUGUGACAUUUGGCAAGAAUGUUUCAUUGAAGGGAACUGUUAUCAUUAUCGCAAAUCAUGGUGACCGAAUUGACAUCCCACCUGGAGCAGUAUUAGAGAACAAGAUUGUAUCUGGGAACCUUCGCAUCUUGGACCACUGAAAUGAAAAAAUACUGUGUACACUUUAUACUAAUUAUGGGUUAGUUUCUUAUAAUAAAAUGUUCUCUAGGAUUCUAAGAUAGGCAGGUACAUUACUAUUUUACUGUAACCUGCAGUGUUAAUUUUUAAAGUAGAGUUUUCUGCCUUUAAGCCUAAGAGUAUGCUUUUAGCCUAAGAAAAGCACAGAUGGAAGCAAUACUUUUCUUGUUGGAAGAGGAUCCUGAAAGUUCAUCUUUAAGUGCAAUAUUGUUUAAUCUGAAAACUGGGGCAGCUCUGCUGGAAAAUCUUUUAACAGAGGCCUCAGUGAUGGUCACUUUGAAUUGCUUGUGAUUUCAAAAAUAAAGCUGUGAAGCAAUA